CUGGCUUCGAAAAAAAAGGGGGUGUAUGCACCGCCAAUAAAAUAUUCAGUCGCGCCUUUUGUUUGGUUGCCGAGAAAAUCCAGCAAAAUCGAAACCCUAAAAUUUGAUAAUUCGUCGAAGCAACUUGGGUAAGCAAAGCAAAUGGAGGCUUCGUUGCAUUUCCGCGGGGUUAGAAUCCCCUGCUACUCGCGAACUCCGAGACUCAUGCACUUGUCCCAGGUCUCCUCCGCGUUGUCGCCGUCGCGAUCACUCUACGCGGCGGUGGAAAAUGCAUGCAGAAGGAGUAGGCUGAGAGCUAAGAGCGAGAAGAGAAGAAUCGAAGCUGUGCUUGGAGAAGAAGAGGAGGAAGAGAAUGCGACAGAGAGCCGUGGGUCCGAUGCGGUGCCGUUUACGUGCGUGAUGAAGUUCGGGGGAUCGUCGCUGGCGUCGGCGGAGAGGGUGAGAGAGAUUGCUCAGCUCGUUGUCAGCUUUCCCGAUGAAAAGCCUAUCAUCGUGCUCUCUGCCAUGGGGAAGACCACUAAUAACCUCUUACUUGCUGGGGAGAAGGCCGUUAGCUGCGGGGUUUCGAAUGCGUCCGAAAUCAAAGAAUUGAGCUUUGUAAAACAACUCCAUCUCAGGACUGUCCAUGAACUUGGAAUCGAUGCCUCCGUUAUUUCGGUAGUCUUGGAAGAACUAGAGCAACUGCUGAAGGGAAUAGCUAUGAUGAAAGAGUUGACUCUCCGAACAAGAGACUAUCUAGUUUCAUUUGGAGAGUGCAUGUCUACAAGAAUCUUUGCAGCUUAUCUAAAUAGCAUUGGUGUUAAGGCGCGCCAAUAUGAUGCAUUUGACAUUGGUUUCAUAACAACAGAUGACUUCACCAAUGCUGACAUCUUAGAGGCAACUUACCCAUCUGUCGCUAAGCGUUUAUAUGACGAUUGGAUAAGUGAUCCUGCAAUUCCUGUUGUUACUGGCUUUCUCGGAAAGGGCUGGAAAACUUGUGCAGUCACUACCCUGGGCAGGGGUGGUAGUGAUUUGACAGCCACAACAAUAGGCAAAGCCCUAGGCCUGCGAGAAGUUCAGGUGUGGAAGGAUGUUGAUGGUGUUUUGACCUGCGAUCCUAGUAUAUGUCCUGUUGCAGAACCUGUUCCUUUUUUGACUUUCGAUGAGGCAGCUGAGCUUGCAUAUUUUGGUGCUCAGGUUCUACAUCCUCAAUCCAUGAGACCAGCUAGAGAUGGUGAAAUACCUGUUAGGGUCAAGAACUCCUAUAAUCCCAAAGCUCCUGGUACCCUCAUCACUAAAACAAGAGAUAUGAGCAAGGCUGUUCUAACUAGCAUAGUUCUGAAGCAAAAUGUCACCCUGUUGGAUAUUGUCAGUACACGCAUGCUUGGGCAAGUUGGUUUCCUUGCAAAGGUGUUCUCAACCUUCGAAGAUUUGGGCAUAUCUGUGGAUGUUGUUGCAACAAGUGAAGUUAGUUUAUCUUUGACAUUGGAUCCAUCAAAAUUUUGGAGUAGGGAACUAAUUCAGCAGGAACUUGACCACAUGGAAGAAGAACUCGAAAAAAUUGCAUUCGUGAAUCUUCUGCAGCACAGAUCAAUCAUCUCGCUCAUAGGGAAUGUUCAGUAUUCUUCACUGAUACUAGAAAAGGCAUUCCAUGUUCUUCGAACCAACCAAGUCAAUGUUCAAAUGAUCUCGCAAGGGGCAUCCAAGGUAAACAUCUCAUUGAUAGUAAAUGAUAGUGAGGCUGAAAAAUGCGUCAAGGCCCUUCACCAUGCCUUUUUUGAGAGCGGCGACCUGUCUGAGCUAGUACCAGAAUUUGGAUUUGGAAAUGGGUCGGCCUCGCUAUUACCAGUAGAAACAUGAUGAUUAUGAGGCAGUCUUAUCUUCUGAACACAAUUUUCUUCUUAGCUGACUUGAGCUCAUACUCUUAAAUACAGUAGUUGCAAACUUACGAGUCAUCUGCAUCCGAAUUCCUUGAAAUAUUAUGUUUCUUUUGCUAUUUUUACAUUCGCCAAAUAUGACGGGCAACCUCAGCAAGAUUUAUGCUAUGAUUUCUUCAGCAAGGUA